AUGUCAGUCAAGUUUGAACGGGAUACCUUGCGGCAGACAACGCAGAAUGCCGCUUCCAACGCACUGCCCCAGGGCCAGAUUCCUGGCACCAGCGGCAAGCAUCCUCUUGCUGAGAAGGUCGGCACGGCUCUAACGGGAGGCAUACAGAAUGCUGGUACUAAAGGCUAUCUCGCUGCCUACAUUAAGCAGCUCGAGUCGAAUCCCCUCCGAACAAAGAUGCUUACCGCUGGUUCUCUCGCUGGUGCCCAAGAGUUGAUUGCCUCAUGGCUCGCCAAGGACCGCAACAAGCAUGGCCACUACUUCACCUCUCGUGUCCCCAAGAUGGCAGCGUACGGCGCUCUUGUUAGCGCGCCUCUUGGCCAUUUCCUCAUUUGGCUCCUUCAAAAGGUCUUCCGUGGCCGAACCAGCCUAAAGGCCAAGAUAAUGCAAAUUGUUGUCAGCAACCUGAUUAUUGCGCCUAUUCAAAACAGCGUUUACUUGGUCGCCAUGGCUCUGAUCGCUGGCGCCCGCACCUAUCACCAAGUUCGCGCAACGGUCAAGGUCGGCUUCUGGAGAGUCAUGCGCGUCUCUUGGAUCACAUCCCCCAUCUGCCUUGCCUUUGCUCAGAAGUUCUUGCCCGAUCAGCUUUGGGUGCCAUUCUUCAAUAUUGUCUCCUUCAUCAUUGGGACCUACAUCAACACCGUGACCAAGAAGAAGCGUCUUGCUGCUCUUCGCAAGAAGCACUUCGGUGAUGGUCGACCUAGUGCGAGCAUGGGCCGCCCCGACGACUACCCUCCUAUGGGCCCCAACCCUCCUUACUAG